CUCCAAUCACACGUUACAUGAGUAACUUUAAGGAUCUUUCUCACUCGUAAAAGUCGUAUAUUCAUUAUAUGACUACAUACUGCAGAAAGAUCAUGGCGAUUUUCACACCGAAUAUGUUGCGUAUGUUGCUGGUGUUUGGACUCGCGGUGACCCUGAUCGCCGACCCUAUUGAUAACAAGUGUUAUCCAUGUGUAUGUAUUUCGAACGAUGAACAAGAUUUGUACAGAGUAGACUGUAGAUUCAAUGAAAAACUUGCAGGGAGAUUGCCGCAGUUCAAAUAUAUUAAUGAAAGUCAGAUUAUUUUCCUGAACAUUUCGGGUACAAGCCUCUAUAGUUUGACAACCCAAACACAAACGCCUUUUGAAAAUUAUAGCAGCUUACAAGAACUGGAUUUGUACAACACCUCGUUUAGGAACAAUACUUCAACAUUAAAAUGCGAUACUUUCAAAGGCCUUGAAAAACUGGAAUUUCUCAAUAUCGCACAUAACGAAGACUUCCCAAUUACAAAUGAAAGUGAAAGUAACAUGUUUGUACGUUUAAAGUCUCUGAAGAAACUUAUAAUCUACCAAAAUAACUUUGUACAAAGCGGAAAUAUUGGUUAUCCUGGUAAUAUCUUGAAACAUAUACCCACUUUAGAAGAGUUAUGGAUCGACGGAUUUUCAGUUGCUCCCUUAGGAAAAGAGUUUCGGAAUUUGUCAAACUUAACAAUUAUUCGAAUAUCCGGUGACUUGAUUAGGCCAAUAUGGCAGUAUAAAGAUUUCUGUGCCAUGCAAACAAUCGAUGACCACACAUUUGAAAACUUGCUGUUUGUCCGAAAUUUAUCAAUCAUAAACUGCGGCGUACAAAAUAUUUUGAACAAUUCCUUUAUAAAAAUGACCCAUCUCAGGAUGCUUGAUCUGUCUAUGAAUGAUGGGUUGAACUUAAGUAAUAUCACAGGCUUGAAAAGUCUGAAUUCAGAACUAGAAGUUCUUAUUUUGGACAAUAUAAAAAACAAUAACAAAGUAGAAUGCCCACUCUCGAUCAUGAAAUCGACGGUAGAAUUAAUACAGCAUUUAAACGCUCUAAAAAUGCUAUCAUUGGAUCAUAACAAGAUAUCAGACAUUGACAAAGACGCGUUUGAAAUUUUUCCAGAGUCUCUAGAACAUGUGCGAGUGAGAAGAAAUAAAUUUGAACUGGGAUAUUAUCUACUCUAUGUAUGCCGCAUGCCAAAUUUACGGAAACUCGAGGCAUCAGUUACCCAUUUACCCAUGUCUGUUUUGCAAGGUAAUUACAACUCCGAUCCUUCACCCCUCCCAAUUCAAAGUAAUAGGACCCUUAAUAGACAUAUCAAAGAUUUAGUUUAUUUCAGUGAGAACAGUACCGACGCAGGACAUUUCACGAAAUCGGACUGCCCAAAACCUUUUUUAUACUAUAUUCCAACUGUUACAAUAACCGCUUUUCUACCACCAAAGUUGGAAUAUAUUGAUUUAAGUCACAGUAAGAUUGGAUUUCCCAUAUAUGAUUUUUACAUUGAUAAAAACAACUCACUUAAAACAGUCAUUGCUUCUAAUUCGCUGCUGUAUUGCUGGGCAGGGCCAGUACACGGCGUAGAAAAAGUGGAAAUAAUUGAUCAACUUUUGUUCAAGUGUUGAUUUUGAGUUCUUUACCGGCUUUCCGAAUCUUAAACAAGUACAUCUUGAACGGAAUUACUUGUAUUUUGUUGUUGCUAAUAAGAAAAUCUUUCAGACAAAUAACUACCUUGAGUAUAUUGACUUGUCCGUAAACCGAAUAAAUGACAUCCAUCCAGAACUAUUUAAACAUCAGAACAAAUUGAAAUGGCUUAAUUUAUCAAUGAAUAAUUUAAUGGGUUUUGAUCAUGCGAUAUCUCACAUGCAAUUACUGCACGUUCUAAAUCUAUCAGAUAAUCACAUCUUGACACUGAGUAAAGAGUUGCGUUCUGAUCUUGAAAGCAUUGUGUCAUCCAGGAACAAUAUAACUUUGACGGUCGAUCUGACUAAGAAUGUCAUAAGCUGUUCAUGUGACAACCUGGAAGUAUUAGAGUGGAUCCUUGAACACACACUUCCAACUUCAAGCUUGUUGAUUCUUAAACUGUCAACAUGCUAUUAUACCCAUAAUGCCUCUACAACUCUUGCUUAUCCUGUAUUGAUCAGGAACAAGGCGGAUUUGUUAUUUCAAGUUACCUUUCUGCAAAAGUUGUGUACGUCAUACACGCCGGUCCUUAUAUCAUUAGUUGUCUUACUAUUCUUUAUCUUUAAUAUCAUAAUUGGUGCUAUCAUACAUAGGUUUAGAUGGAAAAUAAGGUACUGGUAUUAUAUUGGAAACAACAGAGAAUUUGGUCGUAACGGCUACACAUCUAUCGAAGGUUCGUUACGAUUUCAACGAUUCAAAUACGAUAUCUACCUGGCUUACGAGGAAGACGCUCGUGAAUUUGUUUUGGAAACACUGAGACCAAAACUCGAAGAACAGGAGUAUGUUGUAUUUGUGCUUGAUGACAUUCUAGAGGGACUACCGCUUUGCAACGUACUGACUAAAUCUAUCCAUUCGAGUCGACUGGUUGUGUUUGUUCUUUCAAAUGGAUCCAGAGAAAGUUUGGAAUGGACGAUUGCUGCACAUAUGACGAAUGAAGAAUCAACUCACAGAGGAAAGUCGAUAUCUUUAGCCAUGUUCUACGAUUCCAACUCAACAUUGGGACUCCCUGAGAAUUUGCAGCUGUUACGACAUGAUGCGUUUAUCGACUAUCCUAUCAACGGUAGUGAAGAUGAAUUGUCAGCCUUUUAUGAAGACUUCAAAGCUAAAGUGAGUGGAAUCAUAACUACGACUGUGUGAAUUCAGACGUAGUCAUUUAACCUAUAAUACCAUGCCAAAAAUAUUUCAUAUUUGAAGAUCUUGAAACUAUCAUUUUUAAGUUUAAUAUUCGCGAUUCGAUUGCACAUCAUCAUAUCUAUAUCGUACAUUGUGUACGGCCUAUAUAUUGUCAUUUUUUGUUAUAUGUUAAAACUGUCAUGUCAUGCUUUUAACUUAUCUGAUGUUGGCUUAUUGGUAUUUGUUGAACCUACAUAGCUUAUAUUUAGUGUAAAAUGUACACAACAGAAACAACUUACCAGUUAACACACGUGUUCGAUACAUUACUUCAUGCGCGAUAUAUCACACAUUCGGUCAUGAUGCCCCUGGUACAUAUGAACAGAUCAAAAUGAGCAGGACUUUGACAGUAUCGCACGCAAUGCAUGAGUCCCCUGUAGGUCGGAUAAAUAUACUUUACAUAAUAAAUAUUAUCUAAAACUUUACAUAAUAAAUAUUAUCUAAAUUUGACCACUUAUUUGUUUACUCGUAACACGUCAUAAUGGUACACACUAUCCAAUAAUCAAAUAAUUUGCCAGAUGAUUAAUCUCUGGCGUAAAAGGGAUGUGCUUAUAACUGUACAGGUGCGUCUAAUGUGUAUACAAAGUGUCAUAAUUGUAUCUUAUGUACCUUCCGAAAUAAUUUGCUUUACUGCAUGUAAUUUUGUUUUAUUUAAAAGUACCAUGAUAUUUAAAUUGUGCAGAAGUGAAGGGUCAUGUUCAAUCCUCUCAUCGCCUUUAAUUUAUGAAUGUAUUUUCGUCAUCAAAUAAAUGUAUUUUAAA